AUCCCCCCAACCCAACCCAUGGUAGUUGGGGACAUUUUUCCUAGUGGUGGUCUUGGUGUGUAAUGUUUUGAGGGGGGAGAGAGAGACACGGUAGCUUCCUUCUUCCAUCAGUUCCAGCCAUUCUUUCACUCGCGUCCAUCAACGUCAACCAAUCGAAGGCGUGGAGAACAUCUCGCGCACACAGACACCUUGUCUGUUGAAGACGCGCAGCUUCCACUCCACGGGAAGAUGGAGAAAUGACAAGCGCAGUUCUCCAAAUUUAGAGAACAAGAAAUCAAAGAAUGUUAUCAUUUAGGAUGCAAAUAGUGCUUUUCCGUAGAUAGGAACUUAUUUUAUCGAAAGGCUCUGAUCUGCUGAAGGAACAUGGAUGUAUCUGGGGGCCAGAAGCCGUAUGGAGGAUCUAAGAAGAAGCCGUAUGGAGGAUCUAAGAAGCGGGUAAAGAUUCACCCCAAUUCGGUCACAGUGAAAUACGCCACCCACUUCCCCCAGCCUGGAGACGAGGGUUACGACGAUGCUCCGUCUUUUGAGGACUUUGGUUCGUUUGCGAAGGCCAGCCCUGCUAAGAGACUGGUGACAGGCAGUAGUAGGAGGAACAUGGAGACCCCCAAGACGCUAUGGGGAGGGGUGGAGCCCCAGAGCCGGGACCAGGGGGUCGGGGGGCAGCUGGCUAGCUUCGGGGAGGCCAACGUCCUGGCGUCCCGGGUCACCUGGAUGGCGUUGUUCGGGGCAGCGGUGGCUCACGGCUGCGUGGCUCUGAUUACACGGCUGGCGGCGGACCGCUCCAAAGUGCCGUCCCUGGAGCUGAUCUUCAUCCGGUCUGUGAUCCAGGUUCUGUCCAUCACAGUGGUGUUUUAUAACCAGGAGGAACCCUUCGGACCCAAGGGGUACCGCCUCCGGCUCUUCUUCUAUGGUGUCUGCAACGUCAUCUCCAUCACCUGCGCCUACACCGCCUUCGCCAUCGUGCCGCCUAGCAACGGCACCAUCAUGUGGCGCGCAACCACCACGGUGUUCAGCGGCGUGAUGGCCUUCCUGUUGUUAGAUGAGAGGCUGGGCUACACGGACGUAGUGGCGGUGGUGGGCAGCGUGUUCGGCCUGUGUCUCGUCAUGAUCCCCAACGUGGCCGACGAGGACAAGUCCCGCCUCACCUUCUGGAAGGAGGCGUUCGGCUACACCAUGACGGUGAUGGCCGGCCUCACCGGAGCCCUGUCCAUGAUCGUCUACCGGGCCAUCAAGGAGCGCGUCAGCAUGUGGACAGCCCUGUUCACGUUCGGCUGGACGGGCACGGUGUGGGGCGCCUCCACCAUGUUCGUUAUGCAGGAGCCGAUCAUCCCCCUGGAUGGGGAGACGUGGGGCUACCUCACGGGGAUCUGUAUCUGUUCCACCGUGGCGUUCCUGGGGGUCUACUACGCCCUCAACAAGUUCCACGCCGCCCUGGUGAGCACGGUGCAGCACCUGGAGAUAGUGGUGGCCAUGUUGCUUCAGCUCAUGGUGCUGCGCAUGGUCCCCUCCGUCUACGACGUCAUCGGGGGGCUGGUCAUCAUGGCCAGUGUGUUUACUCUAACGGGAGUGAAGCUGUACAGGGUCAGCCGAGCUGUACGGCAGGACUACCAGGAGAUACUGAACUCACCCAUCAAAUAGAGCCUGAAGUUCUGAUUCAGGAUCAGUUUGGCCCUAUAGACCAUAAUGCAUAAGAUUACAUGAACAGGGUUGAAACAGAUUCUAGACCAGCACUUCUCUCUAUAUAUUUAGAAUUGUGUGCAAUGUCUCUGCUAAAGUUCUAUUUGUCUGUGAAAAAAAAAAAGAUAUUCCACGAUGAAACGGUUUAUUCUGAUAGCUUUGAUUUCAUGUCAACUGUGAUGAAGAAGAGGGUCAAAGUAACACGUGUUGUUUAGAUUGUAUGAUACGUUCUGCACCUUAAUCUCAUUUGCCAACUUUACAGCUAUGGCGUAAAUACGUGUCAGAGAUAUUCAGGGACACGCCUUGUCUGUCUCUGCUAGAUGACGUGCAUCUAAAUAAGAAGCUGUAUUCUAGAUACUACUGCUGUUGACAGUGUGUUAUCAGGGCCGUGUUGACAAGGUGAUAAAUGAUCUUCCUUUGUUUCCUGCAUAAGGGUGUAUAUUUUAUCUCACACUAUCACAGUGUCUCGCACUGGUUAAAAUACACUCAUGUAUAUUUAUUAAAAGUGGAGAAAAUUAAA